AUGGCGCAUCACUUUCACUUCAACCAGCAGCUGGGCACGGAGACAACAUUCGCCAUCACGCAUGAGACUCGCUCCAUCAGGCUGCACGCACACUGCUCUGAGCCAUCUUUGCUUGCUGCCGGCAUCGUCUUGGAGGCAUGGACCAAUUUAGGCGCUGACGGAGAUCAGUGGCGCGCAGUGCCGUUCGAGCGAUGCGAUGUCCUCUCGCUUGGUGACUCAUCGACGGUCUUGCUGGAGGCCGUGGUAUCACUGGAAGGCUCGAAGCACAAUUUUCUUGCAAAGAGCGCAUACGAAUUGACUUACCGGCUACGCUACACGCAAGACAACGAUCGCAUUCUCUGGCUUGGAUCGGGCGAGAAUGCUCACAUCAAGGUGCAUGCAUCUCGCGUCGGCGUCGCAUCGCUCGCAGACAUGGUCACCCCUGUGGACGAUCGCGCACGACUCUUGUCGACUGCCGCGCCACAAGUACUGAUCAUCGAAUGUGAUCUCUCGGCAGACUUGCAGUCUGGUCAGCUCGAGUCUUUCAAGCUCGCUCAGCCGAAAAUGCGCGAUGGAUUAGUGCUCGAGCGCUCAAAGCCUACGUGGUUCGUACCUCGUCUGCUGGCUAAAGACGCAAUGCUUCGAGCGGAUAUCGACGCUCAAUUGCUCAUCUUCCGAACGGAGUCAGAAUCAGACUCAAAUCUGAGUGUCAUGUCAGACGAAGCAUUGGUCUACUAUCCUUUCUGCACACCGAGCGUCACUUCGACAUUGCGAGGCGACAUGGCCGACUCGUCUUUCUGGCUGCGAUGCGAGCUCGACGCGAACAGCUCGGAGGACGCGCGCGGAGUCGUGGCGGUCGGAUGGACGCCACUGUCACAAUUGUCCGCCCUCAUCGAGCAAAUGGUCAGCGCUGCGCGGGAGUACAACAAGAAUCUGAUGAAGACCCUGGCGAACGACGCACCGCGCUCGAUCCCAAGCUCACUGCAAGUGGGCACAACCGGCACGCCGUAUGGUCUCGGAGUAUGCACAUGGAAUGCGCUUGGACAAGAUUACAAGCUCAGUCAAGUCGAAAGCAUGCUCACCAGCCUUGAAGAGGCAGAUUUGCUCGAAUGCUUUGACUCUCUUUUGCUUGAUGAUGGCUGGCAAUACGUAGACGGACCGCCUGAGAAAGGCAACGAUCGCCGUUUGGUCAACUUUGGCGCUAUGCCUGGUUGGAACGAUCUCAAGGCAGCAGGCGCUAAGACCUCCCCCAAGGAUGGCUUAGAUGACCUAGAGCAUGCUAUCCGACACAUCAAGGCUCAAUUCCCGAGCAUCCGUCGAGUCGGCGUAUGGCUCACAAUGCAAGGAUACUGGGGUGGUGUCUCGCCCGACUCUGCCUUGUCCAAGCGCUACCAGAUGCGCGACUUUUUGCUCCGUGAUCCAACAGGCGGUCCUCCUAAUGGCGAUGUAUGGCAUCUUCCGAGCGAGUCAGAUGCGUAUGCCUUCUGGUCCGAUUUCUUCCACGCUCUAAAGUCGGCAGGCGUUGACUUUGUCAAGGUCGAUAAUCAAGCUCAUCUGGACUAUGUCUUGCGCGAUGCUGCUGGUCGUGCCGCUGGCAAAUGGCGUCAGACGAUGUCCAAAGCGAUGCGAGAAGCAGCGAAGUCUGCUGGUCUCGACCAGACAGACUGCAUGGCUGGCUCACCACGCACAUGGAGCGGACCGGUGGGUCUCAGUUCCAAGGGAGUUCGUGCGCCUCUUCGUACAAGCGAUGACUUCUUGCCUCUUGUCAGAGACUCACAUCGUCAUCACGUCUACAACAACGCUACGACUGCGCUGCUUCACAACGCCUUACACAUUCUCCCAGACUUUGACAUGUUUCAAUCAUCUAACACCUUGGGCUUCACAACGUAUCACGCUGCCUUCAAUGCGAUGACGACGGCACCUUUAUACCUGACAGAUGAGCCUGGUAAAUACGACGGUGCAGUCAUUCGCAGACUUGUUGCACAGGACUCGUCCGGUGCUUGGAAAGCAUGCCAAGCUCGAACGAGCUCUGCAGGCAAAGUCGGAGCCAGCGUCUUCGAAGACAAUCUUGGGCAAGGCUUCGGACCAGCUCUCUUCAUCGCACGCCAACACGAACAUGGUCUUACUCUGGGCUUCUGGAACACGCGAGCCGAGCCCGACGCGCGCGCGUACCACAUGCUCACACGGGGCGAGCUUCAGCCUUUACUGUCGAGUGGCACGGAUCAGGUUCUUCUCUUCGAUGCCGAGACAAUGAAUGCGUCCAUCAUGAACGCGCUCGAGGGUGAUCCUGACCAGCCGAUCGCCCAGAUUGUGCUGCAGCCAGAGACUUGGCGAACGAUGACGACUGCCUUUGUUCGACAGUUUGAUGGGCGCGUCAGCUACUCACUUCUCGGCCUCAUCGACAAGUAUGCAUCCCUCAGCCCUGUUGAGCGCGUCGAAAUCAUUACGCGCAGCCAGAACAAGCCAGAGAUUGCGCAGACCCAGUCGCGCAGAGAGGAAGCUAUGCCGCAGCUCAUACCCUUCGUGCGACGUCGCUUCCAACCCAACUCGAAAGAUCUGGAUGUACAAGCGCUUGCUCGCUCCGUAGUAUGCUCUCCUUACAGCUCAGUCAAGACUUUGUUCUCUGCCCUGUUCGCGUUUGCCUUCUUGGUCACGCAUUACGUCUGGCAAAACCGCAUCAGACCGGCCAUCACAGGCGACAGUUCCCAAAAGAGCUCGUACGCUGUGCAAAGUUCCAGCAAAGCCUUCAGCGUUGCCCUCAGCGUUCAACUGAGCUUGCGAGGACGUUUUGCCAUGACUUUGGCAAAUGCAAGCCCGGCUCAACUGGGCAAUCUGAUGAUCCUCAUUGAUGGCGAGCCAACGCGAAAGUUUUCGAUCCAACCAAUCUUCUACGGCAUGAUACUUCUCGUUGUGGACGAGGAUGCUUUCACGCUCAAGCACGACCACAGCGCAACGGACUGGGAAAUUCAGAUACAUCUGGGAGGAUAUGAAUGA